UCAACUCCCAGAAUUCCUCAGCCAGCCAGUAUUGUAUCCAACACUGCAGCAUGGCAGGCUGAGGAAUUCUGGGAGUUGAAGUCCAAAAGUCUUAAAGUUGCCAAGGUUGGGGACCUCUGACGUAGAGUGAGCAAACGGAAAGCAGGGGGCCCUUAAUUAACAUGGCUACUGCUUGCCGGCUAUUGGAUCUCUUACCCAUCGCCUGCGUAGACGUCAUGUGCACUAAUCUGCCAAUCAGAGGAGAGUGCUUCGAUGGAGGAAAUUUCCGGGAAAAAAAAUACCGCUGAGCUGUUGGCGCGUGGAUCCUUUAUUAGCUGAGGCUUUUUCGUGGCGUUUUGACUUGAUGCUUUCAUCGCCCGGACUAAGUUGGCCCUGUUUUAAUCUGCCAGUGUACCACUAAUGAAGGAACUUCAGAAAUAUGCUUCUGUCAAGUAUUUUAACAAAUGAAGGAAUAGAAGUUCUCAUUUCAAAUUGGCCUUUUAGUUUAUUUUCUUCUGAGAAUGAUAAAAACUGAUUUGGUUUAAUGAGAUAGUUAAAUGUAUUAGUGACAUCAAUCAUUUAUUGUAUCAGUUUUUGGAACAAUCUGUCAGUUUCCUUAUUUUUCAUAAAUUUAUUACAAACUGGUUCUUUUUUUUUUUAAAGUUCAGUUUUAAUUAUUCAGUAUUAUGGGUUUUUUCCUCCCAAUAAGAAAUUGGGUUUUGCAGACAUUAACAUUCCUCCCUGUGUCAACAAAGCAAAACUUGCCAGCUAUGUGUAGGUGUUUUACUUCUACAUCAUGUAGACUGGCAGAGUCGAUAGAUCCUAAAGCGUUUCAUCCAGAAAUUAAAAUUAAAGAUGGCAGUAUGACGAAGAAAAAAGCUGGUAAAGACAGACUUCCCCCAAAACCUUUCAGUGCAUUUGCUGCUGGAUCAUCCAAGAUAAGGGCAAUGUACAAUACAAAUAAUGCAGUUGCAAAUGAGUCUUUUAGUCCUCUGAACAAAGUCUCUCCUCCAGACACACCUUUGAGCGCCAAGGAAUGGGAGAAGUUAAAAGAAGAAUAUCAACACUAUAAAAAAUUUGAAGAUGUUAUGUUUGAUAGCAUGAUACAUGAUCAUAGCCCAGUAGAUGUAGCUAAAUCCUUGCUGGUUGCAGUGGCUAAACGUGAUGGAGAUGUUGAAUAUAGUCAUUUGGUGAAGUACUUGACUAUAUGCGUUUAUCAUAAGGACAUAGGAGAGAUUUAUGAUAUCUAUAAUAUUAUGAAAGCCAAAUAUAAAUCUUUAGAAGCAUCAGCUUAUUCUUUGCUCAUCAAAGGCUUGAGUGAUUCCCCAUACUGGAAAGAGACCUUGGUGCUACUGGAAAAGGUUAAAAAAGUCUCAUUCCAUUCAAGACAAAAUUAUGGAGACUGCAUUGAGGGUGCCCUGCUCAACCAAGAAAGAAACCUUGCAUUUGAAUUGUUUCAUGAGAUGGUAACUGAAAAUCUGACUCCUAGUUUGACAACAAUAAAGCAUUUCUUCGACUUUUGUCAGCCUGUGAAGGAUGAUCAUUUGAAAAAUAAAUGUAUUGAUAUCCUCUACUACUUAAGAGAACAUCAAAUUUAUCCUGAUGAAUCUCUCAUGCUGAGCAUAAAGCAGUGGUUUGAAAGUAUUUCAGGAGAGAACUGGAAAGGAAGUUUAACAAGCAUGAAUAAUAGCAGUCAGUGUCCAUCUUGUGGUCACGCUUUGGAAGAUAUUAAUCUGACUGAAGAAGAAUUCACCAAUGUCAAGGAAAAAAUAAAAAGGGAUGUGAUUGAAGGCACUGAUAUAUUUCGAAAUACAUCUCCCCAGGAACCAAGAUCGUCUACUGCUCCCGAGACCAGGGACUGGGAAUUAGAACGUUUUCAGAGAUUUGUGAAUGAACAUCCCCCUUUUGAUGUUGUGAUCGAUGGCCUCAAUGUUGCCAAGACAACCCCUAUGAAUCCUUCAUCUAAAACUCUGCUGGAUGUGGUCUUCUACCUAGCACAGAAGUAUCAUCGGUUGCUUGUCCUCGGGCGGAAACACAUGCUGAACAAUUCAUUUCAGUGGAAAAAAAGAGACAUGGAUGACAUGCAGAAGAAAGCAGACUUCUUCUUCACUAAUAAUACGUCUAAAGAUGAUCCAUUUCUGCUCUAUGCCAGUUUUCACUCAGGUGGUCACUGUAUGAUAGUAACUAGAGAUCUAUUACGGGAUCACAAAGCUGUUCUUUCUAAUAGUGUUACUCGUCGCUUAUUUUUUAAAUGGCAACGUGGACAUCAGAUGGUGGUAUCAAGCUACGUACCAGGGAAGAUUUUAACAUUUGAGGAUGCUUUGCCAUACGAUACAAUUGUGCAGACUGAUGGUAACACAUGGCACAUUCCCUAUGAUGACAACUUGUCCAAGAGAGCUUCUUAUGAAAUUCCAGUGAAGUGGCUCUGUCUUCGAAAGAAAUAAAAGAUGCCUUUUUUUUUGUUCAGAGUGAAAAUGUAUGCAUGUCACCCUUAUUUGAAAUAAAUUCCAAAUAAACUAGUUAAAUAUAUUCAUUUUCUAAGACAACAGACCUGGACUUAACUGAAUCCCUAAGUUACAUCAAAAAUACUUAAUUCUACAAAUAUUGGAAAUUAUUUAUAAUUUAUAAAUGGUUCUUGAUAAAUAUAUUUAUUGUUGAAA